AUGCCUCCGAACGUCACGCUCCUCGCGUUCGUCAAGUACAACAUUGAGGAGGCGAACCGGCGGCACAGCGUCGGCUUCGACCUGAUCCAGCUCGAGCACGAGUACCCGGAGUUCAAGAAGAUGAUCUUGAAGAUCUCCAAGUUUUACAAGAUCGGCAAGUUCGACCGCAACAACGCCGACAUCGUCCCUACCCUUGAGUACGACGGACGCGGUGGACAGGCUCUGAUCCACCUCGAGUGCGUUGCUGCCGAGCAGCUCCUGAUGGGCAUGACGAACGCCGAGCCCCCGACCGAGAUCCGUGAGGCCCGCAAUCUUGCCGACAACUACUGUGCCACCGCUGCCGCGUCAACACCGCACCUCGGCAUGGCAGGCAAGGGCGAGAAGGGCCUUGGCGGUGGCAUCCGCGUGACGCUCCGGAGACUCCGGAUGCUGUGA